CUCGCGGGCUUGGCAAAUGGGAACUCAAGAAAGUCAAAAGGGUGGAACUUGAGGGGCUUGGGAAUUGGAAUGAAUGUUGCCCACGCGGCCAGCCUGCCACCACCAUCACCAACCUCCUCCCCCCACUGACUGGGACCGUGCUGUACCACCCACCUAGUCGUCUCUAACCCCGAGCACACGAUUCAACGGCAUCCAAAAACGAAGGAGAAACAUUCAUAGCGAUCUCGGAGGCUUCCAGUCGACGAGACUGUUGAAUUGGCGUGUCUCUAUGUCUCUCUCGCUUUCGCACGAGGGGACAAGAAUGGAAGAGGGAUCGCCCAAGAAACCGUCUCCGAAUUUCUGGGACCAAAUGUCUGCUGCUAGAAGCAGGGCUUGGGAAUCAUAUAACAGCAAACCGAUCUCGCAUUGGAUUCUUUUGCUUCUGAGUGGCGGAUUGAUGCUCACAGCCUUCCCUGCUUCGAGCCUUCUUUCCCGUGUCUAUUACACAAACGGCGGCAAAAGCAAAUGGAUCAUCUCGUGGGUGGCCGUCGCCGGAUGGCCCUUGACUGCGCUCAUCUUGUUCUUAACGUACUUCAUCUGCAAAGUUUCCCCAACCCCUCUAAACGUAAAGCUCGCCCUUUCUUAUUUAGUCUUAGGUUUCUUAAGCGCUGCUGACAAUCUCAUGUAUGCCUAUGCUUAUGCCUACCUACCUGCGUCGACCUCGUCUCUACUGGCAUCGUCAUCUUUGGUGUUCUCUUCACUAUUUGGAUACCUCUUAGUCAAGAACAAACUAACUUUGUCUAUGAUCAAUGGCAUCGUGAUAAUUUCAGCAGCCAUGGUAAUAAUCGCUUUGGACUCGAAUUCAGACCGAUAUGGCAAUGUCACCAAUAGCCAAUACAUCAUGGGCUUCAUGUGGGACGUCUUGGGAUCCGCACUCCACGGGCUCAUCUUCGCUCUCUCGGAGCUCGUCUUCAUCAAGUAUCUCGGAAGAAGAUCGUUCCAUGUGGUGUUGGAGCAACAGGUCAUGGUUUCUUCUUUCGCUUUCGUACUCACAACGAUUGGUGUCGCCUUGAAUAAUGAUUUUCAAGGAAUGGCGGAGGAGGCAAGAACUUUCAAGGGCGGUAAGAGCUCAUAUUACUUAGUUAUGACAUGGGCCGCCAUAACUUUCCAGUUGGGAGUCCUCGGAGGCACUGCCGUGCUUUUCUUGUCGUCGACCAUCCUCGCCGGUGUCUUGAAUGCCGUGAGGGUGCCUCUUACAAGCAUCGCUGCCGUUAUAUUGUUGAAAGAUUCGAUGAGCGGAUUCAAGAUCCUGUCGCUUGUUAUAACCGUUUGGGGAUUGGCAUCCUUCAUAUGUGGCAGUGCCAGUGUGAGUAGUGAAACUUAAUGAUUGUACCUUGGCUAACUUUCACUAAUCACAUUAUGGUGCAACUUGUGAUUCAAUGUAUACCGCAUAGCGCGAAACAAUUGAUAAGACAUGUUAUUUGCCUGCUUUGCAGUCAUCUUGCAGGAGACCAAGUCAUUUUUAUCAAUGUUCAUGAACUUUGAUUGAUAUAACAGGCCAGAAAUUACUGUAUUCUCCAAA